UAGAAACUGAUCAAAUAUAACUUGAUUUGAAAAGCAAGGCAGCAAGCUUGAAAUCAAUUUUUUAACAUGUUUAUGAAAAAGAUUUAUUUUUUGCUGACUUUGUUUUGUUGUCAAGUAGAAAGUGGCAGAACAGAUUGUCGCAAUCCUUCAUCCGUUCGUAAGAUGGCGCGCGGCCUAAGUCGAUACAAACUAAAAGACUUGCCGGAAAGUUUUUAUUUAAUGGAUAAACUGCGCAACAAAGCGACCGUUCCACCUGAAUACAGCGAAAGUAUCUAUGUGAAGGUAGACAACGAGAGCUCUACGUGUCCAACAACUCUAGAUAACAAAUUACACGUGUGUCCCGGCUACAAGGUGAUGGAGUAUGAUAGAUUCAGGUUCCCAAGCAUGAUGCUGCAGGUUCAUUGUAAAUGUAACGGUUGUCUUGGCUCCCCGGACAAAGCCUGUGUGCGUCUGUUUUACUAUACUAGGGUGCUGAGGGUGACAGGGUGUAACAAAAAGGGUGUGUAUGUGUACGACUACUUCUGGGAGAAGGUUUCCAAUGGAUGUGUCUGCAUCAAAAACGAUAGGCAGACAAUGUCCAGAGGUUGAGAAAGGAUCCAGUAUUGUGUUAAAGUUAGCAUGACUUUGCGUGGUUGUACAUUUUAUUAUAAUGAUAAGAGUUUGAGUAACAAUACUUAUUUAUACACUAUGAUAUUUUAUUUACAUAUUGUCUCUGAAUAUUCUGGUCAGUACCAAUUAUCACAUUCCAGCUCGUUUAUCGCUGCCCAACGCAUUCCAAAGCAAACGCGAAUCUCACAGUCUGUUUGCAGAUCGGGUCAGACAUUAAGUAACAGAAAAAAGUGAUUGAAUUUUUUGUUUGGAUGAACAAAUACUCAUAAUUUUGUUUGUUUUAGCCCAAAUGUCUUUAUACAAGUUUUACCAAUAUUAUUUACGUUACUAAGAAGGAAAAUGUUCAUUUUAAUUUAGUGUGAAAUUUCUUGAUUCUGUAUCAUCUGCGAAUUGUCUUUCAGUUGAGCCUUCAUCUUUUAUAUCUCAU